AUGACCGAUCCAGCUAAACAACUCGAGUGCGAAGUUUGUCAAAAAUCAUUCGUCCAUCAUUCCGCUCUCAAUGUUCAUAGAGUUGUUCACACUGGAGAAAGACCGUUCGAAUGUGACGUCUGUGGCUCCAGAUUCAGUCAAAAUUCAGGUUUAAACGCUCAUCUUCGAACGAAACAUGCCUCUAAAACACCGAAAAACAGUCGAAACACACCAAGAAAUUUGGGUCGAAAUACCAGAAAGUCGACGGAAGAUGUUCUGGAUAAGAGUCGCACUGUUUCAACACCAAAAACGAAGAAAAAUCGAUUGAAAACAACGCCAAAGGGAUCUCGGCAAGAAGAAGAGGAGGAUUUGGGAGCGAUGUCUGAUGACAACGACCGGUUCGAGCGCCAACAAGAAAUCGAUUCGGAUUUUGUAGUCUCUUCGAACCGAGAUACUGGAAAUAACGGAAAUGGCGAUGAAGCAAUCGAUCUAUUUGAAUCGAAUGAAGAUGAAACUGAAGAAAAGCCGCGUCUGAUGAUUGCUGCGCAGUCUAAAAGCAGUAAAAUCAAUACUCCGCUGAUAAAAUCGACACCUUUCCCCAUCAAAGUCGAGCAAAAAGUUCCAAUCGUUCAAGAAGUUGGUGAUUUGAUGCCUCUUAUGGAUCUAUCGACAUCUGCAUUCCCUCCAUCAGCUUCACAACAGGGAGUUUUCGACAUGGAUAUGGAUUCUGAAAUCGGAAAUGUUUCGAAUAUUUCACCGAUCAAUACACCGCAAUUUAGUUUCGAAGAGGAUUCCCGUCAGAUCUCCCAUCAAAUUAUGCGAGUCGCUGCCAACUCAACGAAAGAUCGUCAAGACUGUUUCAGACAACUGUUGUUCGCAACGGUGUUUGCAUUUGAGAGCUCUCCGACCUGCACCAAUGUUGAAGAAUUCUUCCGAAUGAUGGGCGAGCGACACGCGAAGAAGUGA